AUGCGUUUCCUCUGUUUACAUGGCCAAGGGACGAGCAGCGAUGUCCUCAAAACACAAAUCGCCUCUCUACGAUACCACCUAGACGCGACGGACAGCCACGAGUUCGACUUCAUCGACGGCGCGGUGCUCUGGCCACCCGCACGAGGCAUUCGCGAAGUCUUCGGCGACGAGGUGGAGAGUUUCUCCUACUUUGACGAAUCAGCCGCCAGCAUCCUCGGGGCCGUGGUCGAUCUGGCGCAGUACAUCGACACCCAUGGGCCGUUUGACGGGGUGAUCGGCUUCUCGCAAGGCGCUGUAUUGGCUGCCACGCUGAUCAUCGCACAGAGUCAGACCCAAAUGCCGAGACGGACAGAGUCAGAGUCCGUAGUGACAGUGACAGUGCCACAAACACUCAACACCCGUCCGACGGAAACACAACAAACAGAACAGACACACGGAUCCCGUCCCACUCCAAGUCCGUGUCCGAUGGGCGAUGUGGAUCCUUCGACCCAUCUGCCUCGGCUGCCGCCCUUCCGGUGCGCGGUUUUCCUCUGCGGCGGUCUGCCCUUUGCCUGGGAGGCACUGAAAAGGGGGCGCGUCGAAUUGAUCACGCCGAGUUUGUGCGACCGGCCUGCUCCUCGCAUCGAGAUUCCCGUCGUGAAUUGCUGGGCCACCCACGAUGAGGAUUAUCCGGGCAUGGGCCCGCCCCUGUCGCAGUUGUGUGCGCAGGAGGUCAACCAGCAGGUGAUUCACAGGGUUGGACAUGCGGUGCCCGCAGACGGGGAUGAUCUCAUGGCAUUGGUGGACGCGGUGAAAGCAACUUUGGACCGAGUCAGGUAA